ACAAAAUAAGACCAUAGCCACGCUUGGCACACCCGUAGGGACAGGGUACAGUUCCCCUCUGCCCCAGACACAAUAAAAUAAACUUUUCUUAAUUUUUUAAUUAUCAUUAAUAUUUUUAAUGUUCCUCUUUCUCAUUGUCUCUCUCCAUAAUUUUAAAGAAAAAGGCAGACUUUGGUUUAGCUCUUAGCUGUACAGAAGCCCCUUAGUUUCCGACUAUUGAAAGAUCUGCAAAUCUCUCUCUUUCUCUCUGCUUUUUUCCUGCAGCUCUGUUUAUCCAAAUUAAAGAGAAAGAGAGAAAGUGAGAGAGAGGGAGAGAGUCUAAGCGCUUGAUCUCUAUUUAUAAUGAGCUUAUUGUGCAUAUAACACAAUUCAGGAGGUAGUGGAAUGGCCAAUCGAGUGAAAGAAGACGAGAAGAAUGAACGUAUAAUUCGGGGACUUUUGAAACUCUCCGAGAAUCGCAGAUGCAUUAACUGUAAUAGUCUGGGACCACAAUAUGUUUGCUCAAAUUUCUGGACUUUUGUUUGCACCACCUGUAGUGGAAUCCAUCGGGAGUUUACACACCGAGUAAAAUCAGUAUCAAUGGCUAAAUUUACUUCACAAGAAGUUGUUGCUCUUCAAGAAGGUGGAAACAAGCGUGCAAGAGAAAUUUAUCUUAAAGAAUGGGAUCCACAGCGUCAUUCUGCCCCCGAUGGCAGUAAUGUUGACAGGCUUCGGGACUUUAUUAAACAUGUUUAUGUGGAUAGAAGAUACACUGGUGAGAGGAACUAUGGAAAGCCUCCAAGUGUAAAGUUGGGUGACAAAGAGGACUCGUACCAAGGAGGGUCUCGAAGCCCACAAUAUGAAGAUACAUAUGAACGCCGAUACAGUGAAAUGUCUAGUCCCGGUGGAAGAAGUGAUGAUAGAAAUUCUAGAUAUGGUUACGAUGAGAGAAGUCCUGGAUAUGAUCAAGAAAAUCGACAAUAUAAUGAUUACAGGAGAAGUCCUACUCGUGCUGAGAUAGUUAAUGAUUGGCGUCGGGAGGAUAGAUUUGGAAAUGGAAAGAGAGCUGAUGAACGUAGAGUAUCUGAUGGUGAUUCAAAGCUGGAAAGCAGGUCACUUGAGCGACUGAAAGAUCCAGAUGCUUCUAGUCCACCUAUUGUACGGCCUGUUAGAGAAAUUUUGGGAGGUAAUGUGGUGCCACUUCGUAUAAGUGAACCUCCCAAAACCAGUGUUGUAAGAGCUGCCGAUGGCUCUGCACAGACACAGACAACUGUAUCUUCUAGCAGCUUGGGAUCCACCAAUGGGAAUCUGACUGAAGUUAAAGCGGAGAGUACUGCAAGCUUAAUUGAUUUUUAUGCUGAUCCUGAACCACCUGUCAAAACUGCAGUUCCUCAAGCACAACAAACAAUUGUGUCUCAAUCCAUUGCACAACCUGCAAGUACAACAAAUAAUUACAAUUGGGCUUCUUUUGAUUUUGUACCUGAGGUUAAGGCAUCUCAAGCUUAUGCAAAUACAAAUCCACUGGAAUCUGUUCUCUCACAAAUGUCAGUGCCAGCAUCUGUACCUGGUCAAAUAUCUGGAAUGCCAAGUGGUUCUGUUGCUGCAUUAGUUGCAUCUGUUGGCAAUGCAGCAAAUUUACCAAGUGGAACUCCACCUGCUGUGCCAGCUGGGAAUGCACCCAUAUUGCCCCUCAACACUGCUGCUACAAUGUUUCAUCCUGGUGGUGUUUCAGCAGCUGCUCCUGGGUUGGCAUCUGUAAUGCCUGUCAAUGGUGGUACCUUUGUCAAAGUUAAUGAAACAGGGCAAUGGCCUAGUGUGCAGCAUCGGCAACCAUUUCUAUACCCUGCUUCUAGUGGUCAGUCUACUCAACAAUUUGCACUGCCAUUUGAUGGAGCUUCAGCUAAUCAGCCUUGGAAUUUGUCAGUGGCUCCCAUUGUGCAAGCAGCUUUGAGUAAACCAUCUUUUGGAGCCCCUCAAGUCAUCUCUACGCCUGCCUCAGGGGUUGCUUCUGUUGGUGUAUCACAACCACCAGCUAUGGAAGUAAAAUCAAAUGGAAGAAAAGAACUUCCUCAGGAUCUUUUUGCUGCAACCUAUCCAUCUUUCCAUGCAGCGUUUCCAGGGUGGCAAACUGGUCCACCCCGUGGUAUGGGGUUUGCAAUGCAAUAUAGUAAUACUGCAGCGCCCAUGCCUACUUUUGUCCAGCCAUCCAAGUCAACAAACCCAUUUGAUCUCAGUGAGCCAUCUCCAGUGCAAGGCCAUAGUUUUCCUUCCAUGGCAUCCUUGCAAAGUGCUCUCCCAAAUAUGCCACCAUCUUCAGGCUUACAGCACACCUCUAGUCUUGGUGCUCCCUCAUCAGCAUGGAUGCCAACCCAGUCAUUGCCUUAUCCAUCAACACUACCUCCCCAGCCACCAUCUUAUGCAUCAGCUACGCCUCCAAUCUCAGGGGCAUAUAUGGGACAAGUAUCAAGUAACAUGCCACUUUCCAGGCCCCAGGGAGUAGGAGGCUUUAGCACUGAGGGAGGUGCUUUUCGUGCCAUAAAUAUGGAUCAACGGUUGGCUGGUAGAUUCUCAGCCCCUGCUACCCCGUCGCCUUUCUCUUCUGUUGGAGGGAACCCUUUUGGAUGAGCUUGUUGAUGCAUCAGCUUGUUGCCUCCUUCAAAUUACUGGGCUGAAAGUUUUGGUUUUAUUAUUUAACUUGAAUCAUCCAGCCAAAUUGAACAAUGCCCAUGUUUAUCAAGCGUUAGGAUCAAAUGUCCAUAUGAUCCCUGAAAAUUAAUUUGAGAGAGUGAGCAGUUUUAUAAAUUAUAAGAGUGGACACGUCGGUGGGGAUUUAAUCAUUUAGGUCUGCUCCUAGAAGUCAUCCCCCCACCCCACCUGUAUGAUUUUGUAAUUUCUUCAUAUUAUGGUGAUCUGUUUGAGUCUGUGAAAAGCGUGUGGAACAUUUACAAAUAGUUUCGAGUACAAUUUGUAUGCAUAUAUUGUUGAGAUGAUUUUUCUUUCAA